AUGGUUAACUUCACCUGGCUACAGUCUCCAUCAAAAGCCUACCUGAAAACACCCCCAGCAUUUCCACUGCUCGGCGCCGACACUCAGGGCUCCGAGUUCGAGUUCACCGACUUCACGCUCCCCAGCCAGACGCAGACUCCGCCCGGGCCGGGGCAGCCGGGGCCGGGGCAGGGCCCGGGCGCGGCCGGUGCGGGUCAGGGCCCACCGGGGCCCAUCGAGGCGCAGGUUAAUGGACCUGAUGGCAUCCUACAGAAUGGUGCUGUGGAUGAUAAUGUGGCUAAAACCAGCCAACUUCUGGCGGAGUUGAACUUUGAAGAAGAUGAAGAGGACACCUACUAUACCAAGGAUCUGCCUGUGCAUGCUUGCAGUUACUGUGGCAUUCAUGACCCAGCCUGUGUGGUUUACUGCAACACCAGCAAAAAGUGGUUCUGCAACGGGCGUGGCAAUACGUCCGGCAGCCACAUCGUAAACCACCUGGUGAGAGCCAAAUGCAAAGAGGUAACUCUCCACAAAGAUGGGCCUCUUGGAGAGACUGUCUUGGAGUGUUACAAUUGUGGAUGCCGAAACGUGUUCCUCCUUGGCUUCAUUCCUGCAAAGGCUGACUCAGUAGUAGUCUUGCUGUGCAGGCAACCAUGUGCCAGUCAGAGCAGUUUAAAGGAUAUUAAUUGGGACAGUUCACAGUGGCAGCCUCUUAUCCAAGACCGCUGCUUCCUUUCCUGGCUGGUAAAGAUUCCCUCUGAACAAGAGCAGCUGCGAGCCCGUCAGAUUACAGCUCAGCAAAUUAACAAACUGGAGGAACUCUGGAAGGAAAACCCAUCUGCAACCCUUGAAGACUUGGAAAAACCUGGUGUUGAUGAAGAACCGCAGCAUGUCUUACUUCGAUAUGAGGAUGCUUAUCAGUACCAAAAUAUCUUUGGACCUUUAGUUAAGCUUGAGGCAGACUAUGACAAGAAACUCAAGGAAUCCCAGACCCAGGAUAACAUCACAGUGAGAUGGGACCUAGGCUUAAACAAGAAGAGAAUUGCUUACUUCACUUUGCCAAAGACUGACUCAGAUAUGCGUCUUAUGCAAGGAGAUGAGAUCUGCCUGAGGUAUAAAGGAGACCUGGCUCCUCUGUGGAAAGGAAUUGGUCAUGUUAUCAAAGUGCCGGAUAAUUAUGGUGAUGAGAUAGCCAUUGAGCUGAGAAGCAGUGUUGGAGCACCUGUGGAGGUUACUCAUAACUUCCAGGUGGAUUUUGUUUGGAAGUCUACUUCAUUUGACAGAAUGCAAAGUGCUUUAAAAACAUUUGCAGUGGAUGAAACUUCUGUGUCUGGCUACAUCUACCACAAGCUGUUAGGUCAUGAGGUAGAAGAUGUGAUUAUUAAAUGCCAGCUGCCAAAGCGUUUUACAGCGCAAGGACUGCCUGACCUCAACCAUUCUCAGGUUUAUGCUGUGAAGACCGUCUUGCAGCGUCCUCUGAGCCUUAUUCAAGGUCCCCCUGGCACAGGAAAAACAGUGACAUCAGCAACAAUUGUCUACCAUCUAGCUAGGCAGGGCAAUGGGCCUGUGUUAGUUUGUGCCCCAAGUAACAUAGCUGUGGAUCAGCUGACCGAGAAGAUUCAUCAGACGGGACUGAAAGUGGUUCGCCUGUGUGCUAAAAGUCGUGAGGCAAUCGAUUCUCCUGUAUCUUUCUUGGCAUUGCACAACCAGAUUAGAAACAUGGACAGUAUGCCUGAGCUUCAGAAACUGCAGCAGCUGAAAGAUGAAACUGGAGAAUUGUCAUCUGCUGAUGAGAAGCGUUAUCGUGCACUGAAGCGAACAGCAGAGCGUGAAUUACUUAUGAAUGCAGAUGUUAUCUGCUGCACGUGUGUGGGAGCAGGUGACCCGAGACUUGCGAAAAUGCAGUUCCGCUCCAUUUUAAUUGAUGAAAGCACGCAGGCUACUGAACCGGAGUGUAUGGUGCCAGUGGUUCUUGGAGCAAAGCAGCUGAUCCUCGUCGGUGACCACUGCCAGCUGGGUCCUGUUGUGAUGUGUAAGAAAGCUGCAAAGGCAGGCCUGUCUCAGUCUCUCUUUGAGAGGCUUGUGGUGUUGGGGAUCCGUCCAAUCCGCCUGCAAGUGCAGUAUCGGAUGCAUCCUGCACUUAGUGCAUUUCCAUCCAACAUCUUCUAUGAGGGCUCUCUCCAGAACGGCGUCACUGCAGCGGACCGUGUGAAAAAGGGAUUUGAUUUCCAGUGGCCCCAGCCAGAUAAGCCGAUGUUCUUCUAUGUGACCCAGGGGCAGGAAGAAAUUGCCAGUUCAGGCACCUCUUACUUGAACAGGACGGAAGCUGCUAAUGUGGAGAAGAUAACUACAAAGCUGUUGAAAGCUGGUGCCAAACCAGAUCAGAUUGGCAUCAUUACCCCCUACGAGGGUCAGCGAUCUUACCUGGUGCAGUACAUGCAGUUCAGCGGGUCCUUGCAUACAAAGCUCUACCAGGAAGUGGAAAUCGCAAGUGUUGAUGCUUUCCAGGGACGGGAGAAAGAUUUUAUUAUCCUUUCUUGCGUAAGAGCCAAUGAGCACCAAGGAAUUGGAUUUUUAAAUGAUCCCAGACGUCUUAAUGUGGCUCUUACCAGAGCAAGAUAUGGAGUCAUUAUUGUUGGGAACCCAAAGGCUCUGUCUAAGCAGCCUCUUUGGAACCACCUGCUGAACUACUACAAAGAGCAGAAGGUGCUAGUAGAGGGACCACUGAACAACCUCCGGGAAAGCCUCAUGCAGUUCAGCAAGCCUCGUAAACUCGUCAAUACCAUCAACCCCGGUGCCCGUUUCAUGACAACUGCCAUGUAUGACGCACGUGAAGCUAUUAUCCCAGGAUCUGUCUAUGACAGGAGCAGUCAAGGGCGCCCAUCCAACAUGUACUUCCAGACUCACGACCAGAUUGGGAUGAUUAGUGCUGGGCCCAGCCACGUCCCUGCAAUGAACAUUCCUAUCCCUUUCAAUCUUGUCAUGCCACCAAUGCCGCCACCAGGAUACUUCGGGCAGGCCAAUGGCCCGGCAGCAGGGCGUGGCACACCGAAAGGGAAGACUGGCCGUGGCGGGCGCCAGAAAAAUCGUUUUGGGAUUCCUGGAACCAGCCAGUCGAACCUUCCUAACAGUCAAGCGAGCCAAGACGUGGUGUCCCAGCCUUUCUCCCAGGGUCCACUGACUCAGGGCUAUAUCUCCAUGAGUCAGCCAUCGCAGAUGAGCCAGCCAGGACUCUCCCAACCAGAAUUAUCACAGGACAGUUACCUUGGUGACGAGUUUAAAUCUCAGAUUGAUGUGGCGCUGUCACAGGAUUCUACCUACCAGGGUGAACGUGCAUAUCAACACGGUGGAGUGACGGGACUGUCACAGUAUUAGAGUGUUGAGGAAGAAGAGCUAAGCUUGUGUGGAGCUUAGUUCAUCAGCAUUUUAUUCUGGGUAAUAAAAAAAAUAAAAUAAAAUGGAUACCUGUUUUCCACUGCUAAAACUGAAGCACCACUGUGUGAGAGCAACAGGAGAGAGAGAAACCAACCAACGGAGAGGAGAGAAAGGAGCGCGCGCGAGAGAGCCCACUGCUAGCUCACUGAGACAAGGAGACUGACCGGAGAGGAGAGAGAGCACCGAAGGACUGGCUGGCGCCUCACUGGGAAGGCAACUCGCCCUGGAAAAAUGAGUGGUCAGCUGAGUCCCUGCUCCCCCAGUCAACCAAGCUCGAGAGAAGGGCCUUAAGCAGGUUUCACUUCAUUCCAUACUUCUCUUUGCGAGCAGGGCUUUGCUUUUCAGAGCAGAGGGGAGAGGAAAACCCUCAUCUCAGAGUUCUUCCGUUGUCUUUUCCCUUAAAGAGGUUCCAUAUCCUCACAGCAGCUGCCUGCGCUUUAGAAGCAGAGGAUUUGAAAGGAAAGAUCCUGUCCCAAAGCGACAGCGAGCCGAGCAGAAAGCCCGCAGAACAUGGCGCUGCCAAACUCUGAGAUGCAGGUUUUGUUGUCCAAAGCUGGCUCUGAAAUUCUAGUGUCAUCAUGCCGCCUGCUUUCUGAACGGGUCUUUCGCGGCAAGGUGGUUUUAAAGAGAUCCUUUCAAAGGAGCACUGGAUUUUUAGAAGUUUGUCUCUGAAUUCUUAGUGGUGGACCUGGGAGAUCCUUGUUCUGAGAAGCUUACAAACCUAAAUUAGAACACCAGCCUGGAACUUUCAGUGUGAUUCAAAGUUGCAGCAAUCAGCCUCUUCUUCCUACAAUGGAUAGCAGUUAGAGGGAAAGGAGCCUGCGCGCUCAAGCAGGAGGAGGGUUUCAAAGUGUUUUCUGUAUGCUUUAAUUGGCUACUGUCUGGACUCUACUCUGUGAAAACAAGCCUUUCUGUAAGAUGAACUGUGCGCUUAAAAGGGGAUGGGUUCCUGUGCCCUUCGGCCCUGGAGGAAAAGACUCAAAGGCCUGCAUUAUUCACUCCCGCUAGAGUUGGGAAGAAGUAGUGGAAACUGGGGAUUAUAUUGGUUUUGAAGUAAAGACUCUAUAACGAUAUCAAAGCAGGUUGGAAAAAACAUGGGAAAAGCAGGCAGUUGUUGGAAGGUGGCCUCUGGUAGAUGGGUAUAAUUAGAGAUCACGGGUUAGGCUUUUGUGUGGCUUCUUCAGUGAUUUAAUGCAGAUAGCUGAAAGAUGCAGGUGUUAGUUAAACCCGGAGACUUUUCAGUUAGUAGACACAGCUGAGGCAUCGCUCCUAGCUUGAGAAAUAGCUGGGAGUCCAACUGAAAACAGCACAUCAAAAAAGCCAUCCAGUUUCUAAGUUGUACCCAUGUCUUAAGUCAGAUGGGAACACUGGGAGCAUUUUAUUUGUGUUUAAACCUUUUUAGAAACAGUGCAGAGAACUUCGAUUCGUACUAAUCCAUUUUUAUCAAAUCCCUAAAUUAGAAUAACCUCUAUCUCCUAAUUGGCCAAGAUCAGUAGAGUGAAUCGCUAAUCUAGGUGUUUUUAAAGAUUGAAUUAAGUUAGCUUUAUAAUCAAAGGGCUCCAAGUGUUUCUAGUCUUUGUUUUGUUUUGUUUUUUUGAGGACUUUAAAAUGCCUCUCA